AAAUUCCGAUACAACCCCAGAGUCUAAACGUCGACUUUAAUCUUCUACUCAUUCCGUCGGUCUGUACGGAGACACUCACAGACAGAGCAAGCCAGACCGCCUGGGGAUACAGAAACAGAUCUUAACGGUGGCACUCUUCUAUUCCCUCCCAAUUAUUGAAUCUCCACCGUCCGAUCUCCUCAACAUUGUGCUUCAGAUUCAACUCUCCGGCCGCCCAUCUCCUCCCUGAUCUCCUCUGGACAGUAGUAUUUCCCUCGCAAUUUCAAGGAACUGUGUUUAUUAUGAAAACUUCUAUGGGAAUCGAAGGGAUUGUGAAAGAUGUUGAUACCAGCAAUUGGCAAACAGAUUUGGCCUAUGACCAGUGGUUAGCACUCCCUGUUUCUGGUCCACGACCACCAGCUCGGUAUAAGCAUGCUGCUGUAGUAGCGGAUGAAAAAUUAUACAUUAUUGGUGGGAGUCGUAAUGGUCGGAACCUAUCUGAUGUCCAGGUCUUUGACUUUAGAAAUUUGUUGUGGUCUAACAUUAAACUGAAACCCAAUUCGGAUAAAUUUGAAGACAGUGGCUUACAGGAAGUUCUUCCAGGAAUUUCUGCUCACAAUAUGGUUAGGUGGGGAAAUAAACUUCUUCUUCUUGGUGGAAAUUCAAGGAAAUCGUCUGAUAGAAUAAUAGUUUGGUUCAUCGAUUUGGAGACGCAUGUCUGUGGCAUCAUCGAGACCUCAGGAAAUGUUCCAGUAGCUCGUGGGGGCCAGUCCACCACACUGGUUGGUUCUAGACUGAUAAUGUUUGGUGGAGAAGACAAGAGCAGAAGAUUGUUGAAUGAUGUUAAUGUUCUUGAUUUAGAGACAAUGACUUGGGAUGUGAUGGAAGCAACGCAGACACCUCCAGCUCCCAGAUUCGAUCACGCAGCUGCAGUACAUGCAGAACGCUACCUUCUAAUUUUUGGUGGUUGUUCUCAUGCUACUUUCUUCAAUGAUCUUCAUGUACUUGACCUGCAAGCAAGGGAGUGGUCCCAACCACAAAUUCAGGGUGAUCUAGUGGCUCCUAGGGCUGGUCAUGCUGGUAUAACCAUUGAUGAAAACUGGUAUAUAGUUGGCGGUGGAGAUAACAAAAAUGGCUGCCCCGAAACUCUGGUGUUAAAUAUGUCUAAGCUAGUGUGGUCAGUCUCAACCAGUGUGAAGCAAAGGGAUGCACUCGCUAGUGAGGGACUCAGUGUCUGCUCAGUGACUAUAGAUGGAAAGAAGCAUUUGGUUGCCUUUGGUGGCUAUAAUGGGAAGUAUAGCAAUGAGGUUUUUGUAAUGAUGCCCAAACCGAGGGACUUAUCACAACCCAAGAUAUUCCAGUCACCAGCAGCGGCUGCAGCAGCAGCUUCUGUUACUGCUGCAUAUGCCUUAUCUAAAAUAGAAAAUUUGGAUUUCAAAACAGCAGAGCUGAACUCCAAGGGACCUGGAAACCAGCAUUAUGAACAAGAUUUCACGGUUGAGAUAGAGGCCCUUACAGAGGAGAAAAGUGUGCUGGAGUUGUCGCUGGUGGAAGUCAAGACAGAAAAUUCCAGGAUUGGGCAGAAUAUUGAAGAAGUCAACAAUACUCAUGCUGAGUUGUCCAAGGAACUUCUUUCAGUCCAAGGGCAACUAGUAGCUGAGAGAUCAAGAUGCUUUAAAUUGGAGGCUCAAAUCGGUGAACUGCAAAAGAAAUUAGAAUCGGUGCAGUCCAUUGAGGAUGAGGUGCAGGCACUUCGGGGUCAAAAAUCUGCAUUCGAACGGGAUGAGCUUGCCUCAUCUGUUCAAAGACAAGGUUCUGGUGGGGUUUGGCGGUGGAUUGCUGGGGGUGGUGGCGACUCAUAAAAGUCGCAAGGUCAGUGCAUGAAUUCUUGACAAAAAGAGAAAAUGAUAGAAGUCAGAGCCGGAAUAUUUAAAUGGAAAGCUCACACACCUGGUUAUCUGUCCCAGCUCCCUCCAGAAGCUGAGGCAGAUCCCAGCAGUGGCCUACCGGAAGCGGUGGCCUACAGAAAGUGUUCUUACUAAGAUAGCCAGUAAAAGGGAUGAAAAUUACAGUCUGAGUUAUAGGAUUUAUAUAAACGUUUGUUUGGGAUUCAUGAACAGUCAUUUGAUCUUUUUCUUUUUUUGCGUCGUUCGGUUUAUAUUCAUGUCUAAAUUGAUAGAGUAGUUGGAUUUGUAUGUAUGAUGCAGUUCAAAUUCUUUAUGUUCUCGUGGUCUCAGAAAAAAGUGAUUGAUAUUUAAUUUUCA